AUGAGUGCGCCCUUCGAUUCCAGGCUGGGCAUGGAGGUACCCGACUAUUUGUCUGCACUGGGCUCGCCCAUAGGCAAAGGGACGUUCGGAUCUCGCAACCAAAGAAGCUCGUAUCCUCCAGGCUUCGAACCAGAAACUAUGAUGAGCGGCCCUGAGCAGUAUAUCGAUGAGCUGGUACGCAGAACCAAUCUGAUGGUACAAUUCGUCAAUAGCCAGAUCCGGCCUGGAGCGCGAUACUGCCAGCUGCAGCCCAAAAUGUGCCACGAUGCGAAGUUCCCUCCCGAGUUCAGAAUUCCCAAGACUGUCGAUGAAGUGAGGGCCAUGGACCCAUCUUCGGUGGACAGAGUCCUACGAGCUUACAACCUUCCAACUGACCUGCGGUCGUUUCGUGCAAUGACGCAGGACACGAUCAACCCCAGGACCGCCCAUCAAGCGAAGCUGUGUACACUGUUUGAUUUUCUGGGCGCGACACAGAUAUCAGAGCGGCAGAGGAGCAAGAGGAACAACGGACCGCCGUACUAA